AUGGCAGUUUCUGCUCAAGGAGCUGCGAUGGAAGCAAAACCUCUUAAAUCAUACAGAAUGCAAUCUCGGUGCAUAUUUAGGAAGCAUCUAACUACCUUAAUGGCAACUGCUUGUUCCUUUGGAUUUGUUUCCUUCGCGUCGGCCAACACGUUGAAGCUUGAACGACGGCCGAAGAUGUUUUCAGCAUCUUCCAACUUCCGCAACUCGUUUGGAAACGCUGGGAUGCAAGAUGAGACGAAAGAUUCGAGCCAAGCAGACCUGCAAGUGGAGCUGAACAUCUCCCUUUCCGGUUCCAGAGCGCAAAGUCUUGACGACAUCAUGAAGAAACAGGAUGUUGACUCUCUGUGGAAGUACAAGAAUGAGCAAGCAGAGGUGCAGAAGCAAUCCAAGACCGUAAUGGAGACCAAGAAGCUCGCCGCUGUCAAGAACCUUGAUCUGCAGCUUCACAAAAUGAUGAACUCACGUGAUGCUGCAAUUGCCAAGGAAGGCACAUCUUCCUCUGCAGACGAGAAUAAUUCUCAGCUCGAGCAAUCUCUGGUCUUGAAAGAGCAGUUGAAAGCUGCGCUUGAAAGGAGGUCGUGGGUUAAAGAGCCUUCGGAGCAGCCAUCCCAUCGAGAUCAAACUGUGAUGGCCAACGGAGGCGAUAGACGGAUCUCUUCCAUGCAGGAGAGCGCAAUGACGUACCUGGAGACAAGACUGAGGACAUUGUGGAGGACUGCGAACGACAAGCAGAAGGAUGCAACCAGCUUGCUGCAAGCGCAGGGCCCCUCGAGGAAGGAGCUCGUGAACAGCAUCAUCAGCUUGCAGAAGCGAUUCAACAAGUUCAGGGACACCACGUCGAACAUUCAGGAUCCCGAGGCGUCUGAGCAGCAGAUCACCAAGGCUCUGAGUGACAUGGCCCACCGCCAACAUGGGAGGAGGGAGGAAGAGGCGUUUCAAUCAGGCAGGACGGUCAACGAACAGGAGGAGGCGACCAACGGAUUCUUCAGUGGAUGGCGGACGAGCUGGAGGUGGAAGAAAUUCUUUGGUCACAGGAGGGAGGAGGCGAGUGGAGGAUACAGAGGUGAUCACUUCGAGGAGCGAGGGAGUGAAAGAGAAUGUCCUGCUCCUCACGCCGAUGAAGUUCAGUUCGUCCUCAUAGAAGAACUUCAACGGUGCAGAGCGCAAGUCCAGGGUAGCGUGCAGGACACAUGGCAGCUGGGGUCCUGGCAAGGGACGUUUGUGCAAGACUCGGAUACUGAGAUCGAUAUGACACUCAAGAUCCUUGAGAUGAAACAGGAGGAUGGAGCGUGCAGGGGAGAAAUCAUGUGGUCUGAUGGCCAGGGGGUGACAGAGUUCCGCGGACAAGUACGGGGAAUGCAGAUAGACAUCGAGGAGGUCAACGUUCUGCGAGACACGUCAGGUGGGCAAUUCCUUCCUGGGACGAGGUACAGGAUGAUCAAAGAGGGCGAAGAGAUGCGAGGGACAUGGAUCCAUCCAGCCUUGGCUGUAUGGGGGCUCCUCCACCUCCGAACCUCCUCCUCCUCCCCCAACGAAGACUCUCGAUCCUCCGUUGAGAAACUCAAGAGCCUGCGCUACAUUGUGGGGAGGACGGUACCACUGCUGGGAGAGGACGAGCACCUGGAGGGCAAAGAGGUCUCCUUCCUGAGCAGCCCCUUCGUGCUCGCGGGGGGAGACACGGACUUCUUCUGCACCGCGUGCUUCCUCUCCAUGUGCAACGUUGCCCUGCUUGUGGUCAUGGCCUUCAUGUGUCAGAGGCGCAGCAGUACUCCUGCUCCAGCUCAGGAGGAGGAGGAAAAACAGGCUGAUGGGGACGAGGAUGCGGUGGAGCUGCUCAAGAGUGCUUCUUCACUGGAGUCCUCUACUGGUAACAUGCCUGAAAACCCCUCCACUACCUUCAAGAGAGUCUUGCGUGGGCACGAGAUUCCGGUCGAGUCUUUCCAGGCCGUCGCGCGAUCAGUCAUGAAGAAGUCUCCCCUUGCUUCCUCCAUCUCCUCCUCGUCCAAGGCCUCCAGCGAUCGCUGGAGCACGUCAGCAGUCGAUCGCUCCUCUACAGCUCAGGAGCAGCCGGACCCGGCAUCCAGCGCCUUUGCCGAGUCAAUGCAGGAGGAGGAGCAGGAGCAGAGGCCUUGUCAUCAAUCACUGACGGAGAGCAUGGUGACCCUGCUGCUCCUGUUCCUGUACCUCCCUGCUCCUCCGUUCCUCUUCCACUUUCUGCUCCUGCCCUGA